AUGCAGCGUUCAUUCAAGUCAGUCAGCAUGACUGCGUAUCCUUCAGCGGCGUCUGCAAUCUCAGAGUCGAACGUUGUCCUCCGCCACACCGAGAACGCGCUCACCCAGAUCUUCCAGAGAACCGAGGACCCCCGGGAAAGAUUGGCUGGACUGGAUGAAGAAAUAUCCAGGGUAGAGCGAGUACUCUCUCGCCUGAGAUCCUUCCAGCCAACCCUUCGUCGCGACAUCAAUCGACUUCAUUCCCCCAUCCUCCAGAUCCUUCCAACCGAACUCGUCUCCGAGAUAUUUACCCACUGUCUUCCGAACCUGGGAGAUUUCUCUCCGCAUCUUCCCCCUUCAGACGGAUCCAUAUGCCCACUCCUCCUAGGUUCUAUUUGUUCUUCCUGGAGACAGAUAGCUUGGGCAACACCCAGCUUAUGGACAUCCCCGACCCUCUUACUAUGCAAACCAAAGUUACGCAUCCAGGCCGAGCUAUUAGAGGAAUGGAUCGGUCGGUCCGGUGACCUCACCCUCACCCUCAGACUCCUUUGCGGGAGCGACGAUGAUCGAGUCACCGACAUACCCCAAGGUCUUUUCAAGACCAUUCUACGCCAUGCGAGCAGGUGGAGAGCGAUUGAUCUCCAAAUCCCAACUGCCUACUACGAGAAUCUGUCGGCCCCGGAGGCCACGUUUUCGUCCCUCAGACGUCUCAUAGUCAAUCCCUCUGGUGGUCAAGGCGAUCGAAGCCAUAUCCUUGAAUGGUCCAAUUGCACGCCCCAGCUGAGGGAUAUCAGCUUGUUUUCCGUGUAUCUCAAUGCCGUACGCGUGCGGUGGGAUAACAUCACGCGCGUCCAUGCCAAGGCAUUUUACAUCGACGAAUGCCUCGAAUUCAUGAAGCGGACACCUCGCCUCGAAAACUGUACCUUUUACAGCGUCAUUCGGGGAGACGAUGGGCAUUCCCUUCCACGAGAUCCCAUCAGCGUACCCGACCUUCAAACCCUCACCCUCGUAACAGAACGCUCUGUCGACGGUGGGGCUAUCCUUAACAAGAUAUUUGCGCCUGGGCUCAAGAACUUGACUUAUGACGUUGCGGAGCGACCGUUCCACAUCCCCACUUUCAGAGAAUUUGUCGAGAGGUCGCAUGCGCAUCUCACGACCCUCUCUAUUCUUCGUGCGGUCGUCUCGUCCGCGGACGUCAUGGAAAUCCUCGCUCUCAUCCCGACAGUCGUUGAAUUCAAGCUCAACGUUAUCGAGGCGCAGGGCCAGUGUUUGGGCUAUGGCGUCAUGGCCAUGCUCAUCCCUGAUGAUAGGGGACACUGUGCACUGCCUAACAUGACACGCUUCGAGUAUGUUGGAGCGUUCUCAUUCUCAUGGCCGCAGAUGGUCGCGAUGUUGAUCGCAAGACGCGGCCUCAAACGUCUUCCGACCACCAACUCGUUGUCCAUGCUCGACAGAGUCGAUGUGGUACGAAACGAAACCCACCUCCUUUACCCCAAACAAAGUGUCGCGGUUCUGAAGCAUGUGGCACUCCGCCUCAAGGAAUCGCCUGACGAUAUUGAAUUGCUCGAUUUCCAUCAAUACCAAAACGUACGACAGCUCAUUGCGGACGGACUCGAGCUUACAAUUCACGCUGCCACGCUCGACUUCCUCGACCGUCUCCCAGGCUUAACAACCCGUGCCACUAAUCUACUCUCUAAUUCGCACUAA